GCUCAAGGCCACCGUCCUCAGGAGCGCCGAGGGCCCGAAACGCGUCGGCGUCACGGAACCGAAGGCCCGCGGCGUCGGAUGGCCUCCAAGUUACUAAGCGAUGGCCCCACGGAAUAGUGCAACAGAAAAAAAAAGAGUUCCGAAGGUGCCUGAAACUGUGAAGCAAAAAAAGAGUGUCUGCUGCCUUGCAGAGUGAUUGUUCAUGAUUCUUCGACAUGCACCUUGAAGCUGCAACUGCCUCAAGCGAUUCCGAAUCUGAGUUUGCCAUGGAAGUUCUGUGCCUGAACGGCAACUCUGUCACUGUGAACCCGGAGGAGGGUUUGGAAACAGCAAAAGUGAUAGUGGCUAAGGCUGUGGGAAGAUCACGUCCGGUGGAAAGAUCCUUUCGGAGUUCGACGACCCCUUGGAUUUGCCAUGCUAUGCCGUCGUGGACCAAGAGAAGAUCCUGGAAGACCAUGUUCCGAAUACCAAGCAGGUGGUGAACUCUCCCCCAGAUUUGAUCGGCAGCAUAUCCAAGGACGAUGGCCUUUGAAAGACAAUGUGAUCUUCUCCGGCAAGAGCUUCCAGAUCUGCAGCUUUGCCAACAGCGUGUCGACCGUGUCGCCGCUGAGGUCGCGUCCAAAGCAAAUGAGCUUGUGGAGCUUGUCAGACACUCCUCGCUGAGCUGCCUCCCGUGGCUGUGUUGCCUCCACGCGCCCUCGCCCUGGGCUAAUGGAGGAAUAGUUAACGUGGAAUUUCAUCUCAGGCACGAGUCCGUCUCACCACAAGAGGAGAAGCUUCUGGUGCUGUACCUUGCAAAGUUGGAAUGCCUUCGCAAGUUGGAGACGCGGGUGGAAGCCGCUGAAGAGGAACUUUUCGCACAGAGGCACGUCUUUAGGUACAAGGCCGAGCGUGGUGAAGAGGCCUUGGAAGUGGAUUUGCAUGAGCUGGGCGCUGAUCCCAAGGAACUUCUAGGACGAUUCAAUGACCUCUGGACCGAUUUGCUCGGCCUUCGCCCGGAAGCAGCGCUGUCGUAUUGGUCGAAUGAUGAGGAUCCCUGCACUGAGUGGUUUUUUUUAGGUCGCCAGUGGCGUUUUUUAGGUAGCCUUGAUGAUUUGUUGGAGACCUUUUGCCCCAGGAUCACUCGCCGUUUCACGUGGAAUCGACCAAUUGGCAAGGUCAACAAAGGUGUGGGCCGCCAACGAAAACCCCGAAGGAAGACUUCGAGGAAGUCGAACAUGAGGCGCAUGAGGUUUGAAACCUAUGAUCUUUGAGGGCUCCGUCAUAGACGACCUGACCUACAACCGGCCUUGGUUGGUUGAUGAAUAGAGGGAUA